UUCUUUUAUUUUCUGCGAGAUUUUUUCCUUGAACGACGAAGAAGAUGGCUUCUCUGAGAUCUCCACUGGAUCUGAUCAUCGUCUUCGUCUACGCUGUUGCAGUCUCAUCAUCGUCUCUCGCCAGAUCACAUGAACAAGACAACGGAGACGACGAGUUUAGAAGCGGUGGGCGUAGGGUCCUUCUAGGUUUCAAAGAAACUCCGAAAGGAAGCAACGUCACCUUCGAAUGCUCUCCUUCAGGUCCUUGCGUCUCCUGCAAUUCCUCCGAAAAGAGAAAAGAGAAGUAUCGUUGCAGUGAAACGGGUUAUCGAAUUCCUUUUAAAUGUAGAGAGGUGAGAGGAGGAGGAGGAGGAGAAGCUUCUUCACACAAGAAAGAUGCGGAAGAGACUCAACAAAAUGAUCAUCAGCCUAAUGUCAGUAAUGAUGACGGAGAAGUUGUUGAUGCAUCGGUGAAACAGAGGAACCUGCGUGAUGACUCUACACCAGCAUUGAAAGCUAAGAAGUCUCAGUCUUACAAAACUUAUAGAAGCUGUGUUCCUUCUUCAGAUGAGGAGAGAGUUUCAGUUCUUGGUUUUGAGGCGGUUAUGCUUGGACUGUUACUCGUAAGUGGAUCAUUUGUAUACUACAGAAAGAAACAGACAGUACCGAUGGCCGGAGUAUCCACUGGAAGAUCACAAAGCAAUUCGCGGUUUUAAGGGCACCACCUUUUUCUAUAUAUGUAGAAGCUUUCAACGUUUUUUUUUUCCAUUGUUGCGAGAAACAGAGAUAUUUGAUCUGAGUGUAUAGAAUUAAGCUUUUAGGGGUUUGAUAUAACUGGAUACUACUUGUUUCUUUAAAUGACUAAUUGUUUAUGACCCCAUUGCUGAGAUCAAUUCCCAUUUGAAAAA